AUGUUCUGCUAUCGGUAUCUUGAACCUCUGCAGCAACCUGGUGGCGUACGAAGGCGCAUGCCUCGACAACCUGGGUGCAUGUGGUGCGCCCCCACCUCACUUCGACUUUCCUUCUGGAUGCCCUUUGGAGACCUUCGUCUGCUAAUCGUCGUGGCGCUCUUGGAAGCUGGAAUCACGGCGAUCUACAGGAUCUACGAGCAAUUUUACAACUGUGAUGAGGAUCUGCUUAUUAUUUGGGUCUCGUCUGGAUCUAUAGGUGUUGCACGCAUUCGGAGGUAUCCCCAUCGCGCCUUAUCGGCCGGGGUUCAGACUGGAGAUCCGAGUCACCUUCAGAGGUGGUCAGAGUCAAGAGAGCAAUUUGAGAUGGCGAAGAGGAAGAAUCUAGCCCACGGGAUCAAGACUAAACGGAUACUCGGCGCGGAUUCGUCGAUGGAAACGUAUACGCUGCUGGUGAGGCCAAUCUUUUUCAACGACUUAACCUUACCUGAUAGAGCAUGA